UAAUCCACUCGAUAAAGUUCUCAGAACACUGAAGAGAGCAUUCGAAGACGAAGAAGAAGGAGAGAAGCCAAACCUGCGAGAAAUGUCGUCUCUUUCGGCGGGGAUUUUCAGAGGAUGUAGAUCGGUCCUAGCUCCUGCUUCGAGAACCUUCUCUUCUGCUGCUGCUUCAAGAGGUGGAAGUUCCACCGGAGCCAGAAAGUCGGCGUCGAAGCCGAAGCCGAAGCCGAGAUCGUCGUCUCCGGCGACGGCGAGAUCCACCGGAAUUUUCAAGGUGAGCCCUGUCUCUCCGGCGCUGGCUCAGUUCCUCGGCGCCGGCGAAGCUUCCCGAACGGACGCCAUCAAGGGGAUAUGGGCCUACAUCAAGUCCCAUGAUCUUCAGAAUCCUGCAGAUAAGAGGGAGGUCAUCUGUGAUGAGAAGUUGAAGCACCUUUUCGAGGGGAAAGACAGAGUCGGGUUUCUCGAGAUUGGGAAAUUGUUGUCUCCUCAUUUCGUGAAGACUAGCUGACCGUUGCCUCCUGAUUUCUGGCUUGAAGAAAGUUGUACCUAAUUCCAGCAAGCUCUUUCUUUUUGCUGUGACUGUGAGUAUCUAUCUCUGCUGUGCUGGUUCUUUAAGGAGGUCGAACUCUUCUUGGUUGGGUUUGCCAUUUAAACAGGUCUCCAACCAUGUUCGCUGUAAAGUGUUUGUUAAAGACCAGAUGUGUCCAUGUUUCUGUAAUGUUGAUGACAUGAUGUGUACUGAUUUCGCAUCUUUUCGUAAAUCCAGUUCCUUUA